GGAAUUUCCAAAUUCUUGACAUAGAUUCCAAGUUUACAGGAAGGAAGUUUGCAGGCAACAUCACAGUAUAUAAGAGACACACGAGUGCAUGAACUCACUUCAGCUCAGCUCUGCUUCACAGUCAAGGAUGAUGAAGGUUCUGUUGCUGGCUUUCGUUCUCACCCUGCUGUUGGUGAAUGGAUCUGCCCUGAAAUGUCACAACUGUGUCCCCUACACCCCUGGUGGAAGGUGUACCACCACUGUGGAGACGUGUGGCUAUAAAAAAGACACCUGUGUAGCUGCCAGAUUCACCAGCUAUCCUUAUUCUUACUUCCGGAGGUGCAUUAGCAUGUCAGACUGCAUGAUUCUUCAGACCAGCCCCUAUAUUAAAGCCACGUGCUGUCAGACGGACCUGUGCAACACCCAUGCACCCAUUUAAACCCAUACAGCCCAUACAUGCAUAUCAACUCUUAAAGGGAAAAAUGACCCAAACUGGUGGCAUUUAAGUGCAUGUCACACAUACUGUAUAUGCAUUAGCAGAAUUAUUUACUAAUGCAAGACCAGUUAUAGGCAAAUGUUAUAGAGUUAUAGGGUGUUAAACAUCAUGCAACUUAAUAAGGUGAUUCUGUAUGGGCACUUUUUUCAUAUCUGUAUUCGUUCAUAUUCAUAAACAAUUUGCAUGAACAAAAUGUUGUGUUAAGACUGCUGAUAAAUAUCAUUGUUUACAAUUUCACCUGUAUUUUCAAGUCUAAGAUUAGUAUGGUAGUAUGCAAUACUGUUUUGUCGAUUUACACUCUUAAAAAUAAAGGUUCUUUAUUGACA